GUUGCUGUGCCUGUGUUGUACAGUGCGUACGGUAACUGAGGAAACAUUAAGAGCAGUCUGUCCGGCCCCGCUGCCUGACAGCCACAGCCGAAAUUCAACGAUUCAUCCGAUGGCGUUUGAGAAACAAAGAUCAGUUUCACUCGUAAGCGGUUUGAUUGGCGGCAGCGAUUCCAAGCUGUGUAUUCCCGAUUCGAAAAUGAAGUUGAGCUCCAGCUUUCCUCAGUCUCCAGCCACAUCCGAUGCAUUUCUUCUGUCGCUUCCCCAUAUCGGCCGAGCCGAUGCAGCACUUCCCUGUGAUGCGGCAUCAUUUUAUGGAUUCUGACAUGGAUUAUGAGAGGCCAAAUGUGGAGACUAUCAAGUGUGUGGUGGUUGGAGACAAUGCAGUUGGAAAGACCCGGCUUAUCUGUGCCCGGGCCUGUAAUGCAACGCUAACACAGUACCAGCUACUUGCCACACAUGUGCCCACUGUUUGGGCAAUAGAUCAGUACAGAGUCUGCCAGGAGGUUCUAGAAAGGUCCAGAGAUGUGGUGGAUGAUGUCAGCGUGUCCUUGCGUCUCUGGGACACUUUUGGUGACCAUCACAAGGACCGCAGAUUUGCGUAUGGCAGGCCCAUUAAAUCCAAUGAGAUAUUGGCGCCAGAGAAAGGCCGUGAGGUGGCUAAAGAACUAGGCGUCCCUUAUUAUGAGACCAGCAUAGUUGCUCAGUUCGGGGUUAAGGAUGUUUUCGACAAUGCUAUCCGUGCAGCCCUCAUUUCCCGUCGUCAUCUGCAGUUCUGGAAGUCUCAUUUACGAAACGUUCAAAGGCCACUUCUCCAAGCCCCCUUCCUUCCCCCUAAGCCCCCUCCACCCAUUAUUACCGUUCCCGCCCCUCCCACUAACAUAGAAGAGCACCCUAGCCGCCUGUUGGAGGACCCGCUCUGUGCCGACGUCAUCUUAGUCCUUCAGGAACGGCAGAGGAUCUUCGCUCACCGCAUCUACCUUGCCACAUCUUCCUCCAAGUUCUACGACCUCUUCUUGACUGAACCUCGGGGCCCUGAGGAGACCGAACGGGAAUGUGAACGACCCCGAGGGCCACCGCUUUCUGGCCGUGAUUUGCUGAUGCGCGCAGCUAGUUUUGACGUUUGUGAAAGUAACGGUGACAAAGAUAGAGCAAACUUGCGUGCCUGUACCAGUGAUGGAACUCUAAAAGGUGACGGAGAUCGUCGUGGUCAUCUGCUCCCUGCCUUGAGUCGUGCUUUUAUUAGCAUCCAAGAAGAAAUGGUGGAUGACCCCAUCACCAUCAACCUUAGAAAAAUGACUGUUGUGCACAUGGACCCUUCAAUGCAGCCCGGUCCGUUCCGAUCUGUGUUGCGGUACCUGUAUACAGGGAAACUAGACGAGCGGGAGAAGGAGCUAAUGCAGGUUGCCCACAUCGCAGAGCUGCUGGAAGUGUUUGACCUCCGUAUGAUGGUGGCUAACAUCCUGAACGAUGAGGCCUUCAUGAAUCAGGAGAUCUCCAAGGCCUUUCACGUGAGACGCACCAAUCGAGUGAAAGAAUGUCUGGCAAAAGGGACCUUCUCUGAUGUGGUGUUCAGAUUGGAUGAUGGGACCAUUAUGGCCCAUAAACCACUGCUCAUCUCAAGCUGUGAUUGGAUGGCAGCCAUGUUUGGUGGACCAUUUGUGGAGAGUUGUACAAAAGAGGUGCUGUUUCCAAACACUACACGGAGCUGCAUGCGUGCUGUGCUGGAAUAUCUCUAUACUGGCUGCUUCUGCUCUCACCCAGAUCUGGAUGCCAUGGAACUCAUUGUACUUGCAAACCGUCUCUGUCUUCCUCAUCUGGUAGCGCUUACAGAGCUGUACACUGUGAAGGUACUGACAGAAGCUGCCAUGAUGGGAGCUGAUAUAGAUGGAGAUGUUCUGCUCUAUCUGGACAUGGCCCAGUUCCACUGUGCUCAUCAGUUGACUGACUGGUGCCUCCAUCACAUCUGCACCAACUACAACAGAGUCUGUCGCAAAUUCCCUCGUGACAUGAAGGCCAAAUCUACAGAAAACCUGGAGCACUUUGAGAAACAUCGCUGGCCUCCGGUGUGGUAUCUGAAGGAAGAAGAUCACUACCAGCGGGCACGCAAGGAGCGUGAGAAGGAAGAUUACCUGUACCAAAAGCGUCAGUGUAAACGCAAGUGGCUCUUCUGGAAUCUACCGUCUUCACCGUCCUCCAAUUCUCCGUCUUCUCCCGGUUCUUCUGCAGUCAUCUGAUUGGCUCUCAGGGUGCACGAUCCACCAAACAGCCCUAAAUGUGGGAUAUAAACACACAACAAGGAAUGAUAGCCUUUUUCAACUCUAUAAGAUUACCUAUUCACAAUUUCUGUUAAGCAAAAUGCUCAAGCCCUGCUUUUAGCUGCUGAAGAAUAAGCAAAAAUGAAACAGGAUAGAGAACGUAAGUAAAAACAACACAAGGCUUUGACUAAAAGCACAUUGUUGAGUCUUUCUACUUUACUGGUUGAAUUUUUCAUCAAAUCACGUCAAAGCGUGAUGUCCUCCUGUGACAUAAUUUCCUGCAGUGGUAGAGCUGCUGCUGCUCAAUUUGCUGUUUAAAGACAAUCUUCGCUCAGUAUCAGUUCCCCAAACAUAACCAUAUCCUCAUCUGUAUAGAAAAAUACAUGGCAGGACUGCACAUAUUCAUAACUUGAAAUGCUAAUAAGUGCUUUUCAGCUCUAAAGGACGAGAACACAGGAACAUUUUAGAGCAACCAGCAAACACAAAUUCCUCAUUGUUUUGGUAAUCUACAAUCGAACCACUUCAACAGACCGACGUUCUCAACAUUCAAAUGGUGUCCACCGUUCAACAUCUAAAGGUAUUAUUAAUAUGACAUUUAAAGGUUGGUGGUUCAUGGAGGGCCGCGCGUGGACGUGACUCCACAGAACCAGAUCAGUCCAUAGCCAUGUUGUGGUUCAGUGUGAGUUAAGCUCCAUUGAUAACAUCUGGCAUAAUGUUGCUUAACACAGAAUAUGAUAAUCGUUGGUACUUUAAGGCAUUUACAAUGGAAAUAUACAGGGCCAGGAAAUAAACAUUAAAAAUGCACACUACAGACAGUACAAGACUUAAAGUUGGAGUGAAGUAGCAACAGAUAUUUUCUUCUGUGUUGAGACACACAUCUGAGUGAAAUGGAUUAUUGAAAAAAAUAAAAAUAAGUAGGGCAGGGUUCUAGGCGUUGGCUCUUAAUUGGAUGGAGGCAAAUAUUCAUGAUGAUGUUGCAGCAGUAAAUCUUACACUACAAUAAAAAAGAGCC